GCUGAUUUCGGAUAUCAUCACUCCGAUACUUUUCUCGAGUUAACUAUUUAAAAAAAAAAAAUGCGUUGCCACUGGAUCAGUGUUUUGUUCUUUGCUGUCAUCACCAUUCCUAAUUUCGUUUCAUCCACUUGGUGGUUCCUGAGCAAAUUUCAACUGGGCACAGCAACUAAUCCGAGAAUGUAUUGCGACCACAUCCCCGGCAUGGAACGCAAACAACGACGGCUUUGCCAGAAGCAUCCGGAUCACAUGAUCCAGGUUGGCGAAGGUGCUGCUACCGGAAUCAAAGAAUGCCAGUAUCAAUUCCGUCAACACCGAUGGAAUUGUUCCACCAUCGAUAGGGAUGCCUCCGUCUUUGGGAAAUCCCUCGUGAAAUCUGGAAGUCGGGAAGCGGCUUUUGUGUACGCCAUCAGCUCGGCUGGAGUCGUCCAUUCCAUCUCUCGGGCUUGCAACCGUGGGGAUCUUCUCAACUGCGCUUGCGACAAGACAAGACUGGGCAAGCACCACGACCAGCAAGGUGAAUUCGCCUGGGGGGGAUGUUCCACUAACGUUCGCUAUGGAAGCAAUUUCGCUAGGCAAUUUAUCGAUGCCCGCGAGCGAAAGAUGCGAGAUUCUCGGGCUUUGAUGAACCUACACAACAACCGAGUCGGUCGCAAGGCUCUUCACAAAUUGAUGAGGCAUCAAUGCAAAUGUCACGGAGUAUCGGGAGCUUGCAACGUUCGCACUUGCUGGACCACUCUGCCGGAAUUCCGCGAAGUUGGUUCUUACUUGAAGGAGAAAUACGAUGUUUCCUUAGAAGUGAGCUCUGAUCCUUCUGGAACUACACUCAUCACAGCUGAUCAUCUCAACGACAACCGGAAGAGUCUCAAGACCAAUCCACCUCAAGUUCACGAUCUCGUUUACCUGGAACACUCGUCGGACUAUUGCUCCUUUGACCCUUUAAUUGGUUCGAUUGGUACAGCCGGAAGACCAUGCAAUAAAACAUCGAAAGGUAUCGAUGGAUGCGAUUUGUUGUGCUGCGGUCGUGGCUACGACACCAGACGAGUUCUCGUGACAACACCUUGCAAUUGCACCUUCAAAUGGUGUUGUUCCGUCGAAUGCAAAACGUGCACGCAGUGGAAGGACGAGCAUUUCUGCAAACCAUUGCAAUCGUUCGAACUCAACAAAUUCAAUUCGACUAAACAACAGAACCAACCGCCACAGGAAUGACACUUGACUCGUAUCUAAUUCUAAAUGUUAUUAUGUUGUCGAAAUAUUUCUUUGGCUUGUCUUUUUAUCCGUCUCGGUGAGCGCAUUGUAUAUAGUAUCAAAUUUAAAGUAUCUGAACAGAAAUUAACGUCUUAACAAUUGCUGAACAA